GAUCGCUUGGCGGAAAAUGCUGAUGCGAGCAUGGCACGCGGCGAGGCGUGCCAAGGGCCGCCAGUUCAUGCAAACCUCCCGCAGUUUGUCGUCAUUGCCCGAUAACAUCAAGCAGCGCGUGCAUGUGGACCCCAUGGCGUCCACGUAUGAUCCACAGGCAGUCGAAAACGGAUGGCAAGCGUUCUGGGAAACCCAGCUCGUCAACGCCAAACACAAGAACGCGAAUGCGCCGCGCUUUACGAUGUUACUGCCGCCGCCCAACAUCACGGGCGCACUGCACAUCGGACACGCGUUGACUGUAACGAUCCAGGAUGCGCUGGCACGGUACCAUCGCAUGACAGGACACGAGGUGCUUUGGAUUCCUGGCCUCGACCACGCCGGUAUCGCGACGCAAAGUGUCGUGGAGAAGCAGCUGUGGAAGGAGCAAAAAUUGACGCGCCACGACGUUGGCCGCACUGCAUUUCUUGACCACGUGCACGCUUGGAACGCAACGUACGGUAGCCGCAUCUUGAACCAGCUAGAGCGCUUGGGGGCUCUGUUAAACAAGGACCACACGUUUUUCACGCUAGACGAGAAGCGAUCUACAGCAGUCGUCGACGCGUUCUGUCGCCUGCAUGCGAAAGGACUCGUGUACCGCCAUCGGCGCAUGGUGAAUUGGUGCCCGACGCUCCAAACAGCCAUCUCCGACAUCGAAGUGGACACAGUGCCGUUGACGAAGCGAACACUGUUGCCGAUUCCAGGCCAUGCCAAGCCGGUCGAGUUUGGCGUCAUGCAUCGGUUCAAGUACAAAGUGGACGGGGCCACGGCCGAGUUUGUCGAAGUCGACACAACACGACCAGAGACCAUCCUGGGCGAUGUCGCGCUGGCAAUUCACCCAGAUGACCCGCGGUACUUCCAUUUGCAUGGGAAGCACGUCGUCCACCCGUUCACAAAUGAACGGCUGCCCAUCGUUCUCGACGGCGUCCUGGUCGACCCAGCCUUGGGAACAGGUGUUGUCAAGAUCACGCCGGCCCAUGACGCCAACGAUUGGGCUUGUGCGCAGCGCCACAACCUUCCGCACGUUGUCGUGAUGGACAAACAGGCCAAGAUGGUCACGCCCCACGUUCCUGAUUUCCACGGCUUGGAUCGAUUCGACGCUCGUGCCGCCAUGGUGGCCAAGUUGCACGAGCUGGAGCUGUACGUCGAAAAGCUGGACCACCCCACAUCCGUGUCACUUUGCUCGCGAUCCGGCAAUGUCGUCGAACCGACGCUGUUGCCGCAGUGGUUUGUGAAUUGCACCAACAUGGCCGCCGCUUCCGCCAAGGCAGUACGAAACAGCAGCAUGGCGCUGGAGCCUGUCCAGCAGCAGCGCACGUGGUUUCACUUUUUGGACAACGUGCAGGACUGGUGUGUGUCGCGGCAACUUUGGUGGGGACAUCGCAUCCCUGCAUAUCGUGUGCAUUGGCACGGAAGCGACGACGGCGGCGACGACGCGUUGACGAACGAGCGAUGGGUCGUCGCGAGGGACGAAGUGGAGGCGCGUCGGCUCGCCAUUGAAAAGUUUGGAGACCAACCUGCCAUGACGCUCAAACAAGACGAAGACGUGUUGGACACGUGGUUCAGCGCCGCGCUCCUGCCGCUCUCGGCUCUGGAAUGGCCGACCGACGACAACGUUCCCGAAGCUAUCCAAUCCAUGUACCCGUUGAACGUGAUGGAGACUGGUGCCGACAUUUUGUUCUUUUGGGUGGCGCGCAUGAGUAUGCUGUGUCACGAGUUGAGUGGCCGCCAGCCGUUCGACAAGGUGUGGCUGCACCCCAUGGUGCGGGACAAGAGCGGUCGGAAGAUGUCGAAGAGCCUGGGCAACGUCAUCGAUCCGCUGCAUGUCAUUGCAGGGAUUGACCUCCCCACCCUCCUCCAUGACCUCCAACAAGGUAAUUUGGACCCGAAGGAGCUCGUUCGCGCCGAGAAAGACCUGAAAAAAGAGUUUCCGUCGGGGAUUCCGCGCUGCGGUACCGACGCCCUGCGCCUCACGCUAUCGCUGUACUUGGCUCAAGGACGGCAAAUCAACAUGGACUUGCAGCGCGUUGUGGCCUCACGUCACUUUUGCAAUAAAAUGUGGAACGCGUUUCGUUACGCGUUGCCGCUCCUUCCUCCGUCUGCCGGUGAUGCACCAACCUUGGAUGUUCACCGUCCACACAUGGGUCUGGCCGACCGGUGGAUUCUCAGCCGCAUGGCCGACGCCGUGGCCAAGUCGCAUGACGGGUUUCAAUCGUUCCGACUAGCGGCCAGCGCGACAGCAGCCCAGCGAUUCUUUUUGCAGGACCUGUGCGAUGUUUACAUUGAAUUUUCCAAGCCCGUCUUGUACACUGCGACGGCGGAUGAUGCGGACGGCGGCGCUUCCAACGAGCGGCGGGAAAGCGCGCAAGCCACGUUGCGCCACUGCUUGGAUACGUCCGUCCGACUCUUGCAUCCCUUCAUGCCUUUCGUCACAGAAGAGCUGUGGCAGCGCUUGACGGCGGCGGAUGGCCGCGCGGAAUCGCUGGCGAUGGCCUCGUUUCCGUCCAAGGAAGAUGCGGCUGCUUGGCGAGAUCUCGAUGCUGAAGAGAGCAUGCAGGCUGUGCUCGAUGUCAUGCACGCCAUGCGGUCCCUCAAACACACCCGAAAGACCCUCGUGCCCGACCAUGACGACAACGGGCCCGAUGAUUCGAAUUUGACAAUUCAAUGCACAGACGUGGCUCUGACCGCUCUCCUUCAGCGCAACAUGGCGGACGUACGCUCGCAAUGCCGCACUGGCGUCCACUUGGUCGCGACCGCGCCAUCCGACGGCGCAUACCUGUCCCAGUCGAUUUCGACAUCCUGCCAAGUGUGGAUGCCCUUGCGCGCAACUGCCAACACUUCGGAGCGCGUCGAGGCGGAGCUGGCUCGGUUGUCCAAGCGUCUGGCCAAGGCGGAAAAGACCCAGGCCGGACUCCACGCCAAGGUGACCGACGCGCUGUACACGACCCGCGUGCCCGACGAAAUCCAAGCGCAGGACGCUGAGCGCAUCGAGGCCGCGGUUGUCGAAAUCGCGAGCUUGACGGAAAGCAUCGCGACGCUCCACGCGUUGCGCUCCCAACUCACGGCGACAACGCCCCAGUAGAGCGCUCUCGAAGGAAAAUUUCGUUUCGUUCGUUUCGUCCAUAGUCAUCUUGACUAGAUAUUCUCC